AUGUCUCUGACCAAAGACACGAGCGCGAGCAUGUCCGACAAUCACGAGGUCCGAAUUCGCGAAUUGAAAAAUAAACGGCGCACGUGCAAGAGCCAAGUAACAAUGUUCGGGCAUUACUUGGACUCCUUCAAGGACAGCGAGACAGAACGCAUAAAAUUGUCCGAACAGCUUCUGCGCAUUCGCGGGCAAUUCGACACGUUUAAUCGCGUCCAAGACGAGCUAGGCAACAUAGACAAUUAUGACGAAGCCGAGGUCGAAAGAAACGCCGCGACCGAUAUUUACGACAACGUGAUUGCAAGAGCAACGGUGAUGCUCAAUCGUCUCGCGAGCGCCGCUGCUCCUUCAAAAUCGGGAGAGCAUUCGAGUCCCGCGAAUUGCAGCAACGGAAGCUGCAACCCGACAGCCACGUCGUCAUGCUCGCUGCCGGUAAACUUGCCGAAGAUGAGCCUUCCGAAAUUCGACGGACGAAUCGAGUCAUGGCUCACAUUCAAGGACGCGUUUAACAACCUUAUUCAUUUGCAACCGGGCUUAAGCAAAAUUCAAAAAUUGCAGUACCUGCAAUUGUCUCUAUCGGGAAAGGCUGAAGCGGCGAUCAGCGCUUUCACGAUCUCGAAUGAGAAUUACGAAGCGGCGUGGACUCACUUAAGCGAGAUGUACGACAACCGACGCGCACUCGUACUCUGUCAUGCGGCCCUGCUCCGCGACUCGCCAUCGAUGCCCGAUCACAGGUCCGAAUCGGUACGCGACCUCGUGAACCACGUGCAACUGCACAUUCGAUCCCUGCAAGCCCUCGGUCGUUCUUGGGAGAACAUAGCGCAGGAUUUAAUUACCAGCAUCAUCGUCUCGAAGAUGGACGAAGAAACGAAACGGAACUGGGAACGUACGCUCUCCGACACCGAAGUUCCCAAACUCGAGGAGGUCAUCAAAUUCAUGCAUAACGCAUCACAUCAGACGGAAGAAUUUGAACCGACAAAUCGCGCAACACAAAACCCAUAUCGAGACGCGAUUCCGCCUCCGACUCAAUCGCGACCGUACCAUCUUCGCCCGCGUUCUCCGAAGACGCAAUACCAAAAAAUAAAGACGUACGCUACGAAAACGUCGACAAGGGAACCGCCGCGCGCGAAUUUCGACCAGCGCGAAAAUUACUCAAAACGGCAGCCACCGUCACCGCGUCCGCAACGAAAGACGCCGAGAGCAACCGCCGGGUCAUCGUGCAGCAUCUGCAAUUCGGAGGGACACGCAGAAUAUUCGUGUAAACGGUUCAUCGAGAUGCCGGUCAUUCAUCGUAUCGACGCCGCGCGCAAGGCCGAUCUGUGCAUGAACUGCUUACGUCCGGGACACCGAAGCGAGGAUUGCCGCGGUGGUACAUGCCAAGUGUGCAAUCAGCGGCAUAAUACAAAAUUGCACCAAGACGCGAAAUACACGGGAUUGACGGAAUCGAAACCGUGA